CCCAAGAGAUUCAAAGUCCAAGAUGGCAUGCCUCAAGGACCAGCUGAUUGUGAAUCUUCUUAAGGAAGAGCAGCCCCCCACCCAGAACAAGAUAACAACUGUUGGUGUUGGUGCUGUUGGCAUGGCUUGUGCCAUCAGUAUCUUAAUGAAGGAUUUGGCAGAUGAGCUUGCCCUUAUUGACAUCACGGAAGACAAGCUGAAGGGAGAAAUAAUGGACCUCCAGCAUUUCAGCCUCUUCCUGAGAACACCAAAAUUUGUCUCAGGCAAAGACUAUAGUGUGACUGCAAACUCCAAGCUGGCCAUCAUCACAGCGAGAACCCGUCAGCAAGAGGGAGAGAGCCGACUCAAUUUGGUCCAGCGAAACAUGAACAUCUUCAAGUUCAUCAUUCCCAACAUCGUCAAGUACAGUCCCAACUGCAAGCUGCUCAUCAUGUCCAACCCAGUGGAUAUCUUGACCUAUGUGGUUUGGAAAAUAAGUGUUUUCCCCAAAAACCAAGUUAUUGGAAGUGGUUGCAAUCUGGACUCUGCUCGGUUCCACUACCUGCUGGGAGAAAGGCUGGGCAUCCACCUGCUGAGCUGCCACGGGUGGGUCCUGGGAGAGCACGGAGACUCCAGUGUGCCCGUGUGGAGUGGCGUCAAUGUUGCCGGCGUCUCUCUGAGGACUCUGAACCCAGCACUGGGCAUCGAUGCAGACAAAGACCACAAGCAGGUCGUGGACAGUGCCUACGAGGUGAUCAAACUGAAGGGUUACACGUCUUGGGCCAUCAGCCUGUCUGUGACAAACUUGGCUGAGAGCAUCAUGAAGAAUCUCAAGUGGGCGCGUGCCAUCUCCACCAUGAUUAAGGGUCUCUAUGGGAUCCAGGAAGAUGUCUUCCUCAGUGUCCCUUGUGUCCUGGGACAAACUGGAAUCUCAAAUGUUGUGAAGGUGUCUCUGACUCCCGAGGAGGAGGCCCACCUAAAGAAGAGUGCUGACACCCUCUGGGGUAUCCAGAAAGAGCUGCAGUUCUAA